UUUAAAUGCUCAAAUUAACACAGAAUAUGGUUAUUAUUAUUUAGACGGAAAAUGUAGAGACUAUAAAGCUGGAGGAAACCAAACAAUUGGUUUAAAAUUAAAAAAUGCUAAUACAACAAUUAAUGUUUAUGGAAAAAAUAUGGCAAACAAAAGUCACUACUUUUACGAUAGAUGCAUACUUGGAUUUGAUGUAGAAGAAAAAAAGCCACUAGCAUUUUCAUUACAAACCUUCACUAAUUAUUGUGUUUUGUUUGAUACUUUAUCGAAUCAAAUAGCUUUUGCACCUAAAUUGGUAAAUCUAGGGUAUAUGGAAUGGAAUUAUUGUCUUUAA